ACGUCACCAAUGUUCACAGCUGUGCACCUACCAAGUGAUAACACAAUAGAUGCCACAUUGUUGAUUAUCAUUGUAGUAGCAGCUGUGAUAGUAUCUAUAGCUAUUGUGGUUUCUAUAACACUGUGUAUUGUGAGAUGUAACAAUGUGAGAAAUAGCUCCUCUGAAAGAACAGCAGAAGAGAAACAGGCAUACCAAUGUCGCAAUGAGAUGAGACAGUUGAUCUAUCAAGGUAACAACAGUGUACCUGUGAUGUCAGGUAAUCGAGGAGAGACGUCAGACAGAUAUGGUCAUUCGAGGAGCCAUUACUAUCCAGAAGACUGGAAGACAUCAACAAUGAACAGAAGUCUUCAAAAGUCUACAAGGCAGAAAUACAGUCAACCCAUUGAGGUGACAUCUUAUGGAGACAACAGACCAUCUUCUAACUAUCCCACUGACACACUGACCAGUCGUAAGAGUAGUGGACAGUGCUGGAGUGAGCGGUCAAGUAGACAGUAUGAAGAAAUACCAGCAAUGUCAGGGAUCUAUGGUAGCCAACAGGAUACACCAGUGAACCCUGAAAGACAACAGUACCAAGACAGAUAUGUGAAACCUCCAGAGAGACAGUUACCUUCAACACCAGAUGUCAUUACUAACUGACCACUGGUCAUUUACUAAAUAUUGACAAUUAUAUUUCAGACGUGACGCUCCCCACACACUCAUACAAACUAAUAUAAAUAUAACUUCUCUCUGCCAAUAUUAUACACCAACAUAUGAUACAAUAUAUAGGCACUAAGAGUGAAGUUAGCAACAUUUCAACCUGUAUAUGUACAUACACACACACACACAGAAUUUUGCAUAAUGUUUUAUAUUAGCUAAUAUUUUUUUUAUAUUUCCCAAAUAUCCCUUGAAUUAAUUUAGAAUAUAUUUAAAAUAAUGGUAUGAAAAUAUUACAUCUAGGAAAUUAUUGCUUAGAAAUAAAUACUAAAAUAAACAUGUCUUAAUCAGAAUUUUUCUAUAUUAACAUCAUUUCUUGGUAACAUAUUUACCAAUAUCAGUGAUAUUUUGUUAAUAUAAAAUCUAUAUGAAACACUGAAUAUAUAUCUGUGCCAGUGUUAUAUAGACUUAACAUGGCUGACUGUUAAUGGGGCUGAUAUUCUGUAUUCUUUCUUUCUUCUUCUGUGUGAGGGGAAAUAGUCUGAGUGAAACUGGAAUAAGCAUCACCCAUCUCUCUCACACACACACACACACACACUAAACAUCACACAUCCACAAAGGAAGACUGAGAGGAACUGCUGGUUCCCCACUGACUCACCACCAACACUAUUCCAUCAACAUGAAGCCAUUGUCACACCAUAGCAGCAGUGACACAGACAACCAUUAACAGAACAUUGGGACCAAGUCACACAUUUAUAACAAAGGAUUUUACAUGCUGAGGUUCCAGUUCAAACUACCACUCCACCAUUUAACAAUGUGAAACUCCAUUAUCAAGAAAAUACACAAACCCCAUCCCAGAAAGACAGUUUCUUUCAACACUUGAUGCAAACCUAAUCUGAUAAUCUUCAAUAUUAAAAUGCUGAUAACUCCUUGCUUAAAUUUUUACUGUGUUUUUAUAUGUAUUUGUUCAGUUAUAACAGAUUAUGUGAUAAUUAUAAUCAGUAUUUCUAUGUUAAAUAUUUCCUUCUUAUAUUAAACAAUCUAAAACAAAAAAAAAAACAAAACAAAGAAAACUGUUGAUGGACAUUUUUAGAAAAGAUUCAAUUAGCAAAUGAUGACAGUUUUUGAAAAGUUUCAUUUAUAAAAAGGACAACAAUAUUUGGUUUACGAAAAUAAAAAGAAAAAAAAUAUGAAUGUUUAAAGUACCAA